AUGCAGAAUUCCAAACCUAUUUCAUCGCCUGUUGCCAGUGGACAUCGUCUUAGCCUCCAUGAUGGUGCUCCAUCGGAUGACCCUUCUGAGUACCCCAGCGUCGUUGUUGCGUUGCAAUAUCUCACUCUCACAUGGCCUGAUAUUGCCUUUGCUGUGAAUCACGUCUGCCAAUUUAUGCACCAACCUACCUCUGCUCAUUGGGUUGCUGUCAAACGUAUUCUUCGCUAUCUUAAUGGUACUUCCACUCAUGGCUUGUUCUAUAAACCUAGUUCCCUGUCUUUAAUGGCUUAUUCUGAUGCAGACUAUGCCGGUGAUGUUGACGUCAUGGAGAUGCAUAUUGUUGCCCGCAAAAAAUUGGGGUACCUCACCGGCGACACCCCGCAUACUUAG